UGAAAAGCCCCGUCCUCGCCCCUGUGUUAGAGGUUGACGUGGUCAUAACACCUAGCGAUCCUGAGCCUCCAGAGGAGCCGGUGACCUCCGACCCCAAGGAGGAGCCACACCCAGAGAGCAAGAGCAAGCACAGCCCUCUGAUGGGGCGACACAUAGGCGUGCAGGUGAUGGGCACCGACUUCCUGGCAGAGAUAAGAGCCAAGAAGGAGAGGAUGGCUGCUGCCACUAUGAAAGUCAGUGAACCCUCUUCUCCAGAAAAGACAGAACCGACUGCAGUGCAGGGCUCAAGUGAGGAAGACCAGAGGUCCCCAGAGAGGAAGGCCCUGGCUGAAACCCGACCAGAGCCUGCCCCCAGGACCUUCCCUCCCCCUGUCUCGACCAAGCCCACCACUGGCAUCCCAAAGCCUCCCGUACCGAGUGCCAAGCCUGCCCUCAGCCCCCGCAACUCUGGACCACUGAAGACCCGCACAAGCAGCAGCAGGAGUAUUGAUGAGAGUCCUGAUUCUGCCAGUGGUGGUUCGUCCCCAAAAGUGCCAGGUCCUACCCAAGUGCCUGUACCUGCCCAGGGCCACAAGAGGGCGCCCUCCGAUGCAGAGUGUGAAAGUGUAAUGAGUCCAUCCCCUGAAGACCCUGAGAGAAGGGAGUGUCCCUCUGAGGUAGCAGGAGACAGCAGUGUAUUCGAUUUGGACCAGGACUCUGCCACUGUCAAACACUCAUCCUCCCUUCGCUGCUUAACCAAUCCUGUUUUGGAAGCAGAUGAUCGACAGCGAAUCAAGUCCCUCCCCACACCUGUGAAAUUGUUCCCAGAAGACGACAUAGUCCUCAGCCCUGGUCUGCCUCCUCCUCCCCUUGACCUGCCUGAACCCAUCCCAGAGGACCAACCCCCAGACGCAGACACCAACGCAUAGACCCCCUCCUCUCCUCACUACAGACCAAAUGAAUGAAGAUGUCACCUCUGUGUAAAAAAAGCAAAGCAACACAUAGGAGUCCUCUGACUCUUCCCACUCCUGCCAUUUGCUUCAGGAAAUACAAAUUUCAAAAUAUCAUAACUACUCUUCCAAGGCAUUGUUCGUUUUUUUUUGUUUUUGGCCAGAAUUGCAAUGUACCUUCACUGUGGUUAUGGGCACACACCACACAUAAGUGCCGAAAGAGAGGUACAAAGAGGUGUUCUUGUUGUUUCAGAAGAGACCGGAAGAGUCUUUUGGGAUGCUAGUGCAUAUGAAAGACGGUAUACCUUGUGGCGUCUGACUGGGAUCAAUAGCAACUCUAAUGGUGUUGCUCCCCCUGGUGACGUCUGUGAUGAACUACAGAGGACAAACAAAAAGGAGGCCAGUGAUGACUGAAUAGCUGGGACUCACAUAGCCAGUCAUGUUUUAAAACAGACAUGCAGAAACAGUUGGUCAGUGAAUGAACUGUUUGUUUUUAUCCUCUGGUAAGUCAGCUUAUCAGGGGAGUUUUUCUUAGUUGCAUUAGUUGAGAAUAAAUCAACUAUUAUAUGACUUAUGCCAAAUAGUCUUAUGAUGUAAAGUAUGUUUCUGUAUAUGUGCAAUAUAUGUUCAUUCAGUGUAAGAUCUAUACCCUUAGUUAUGAUUCACUAUAUAUGUCAAAGUCUUAUAUGAGGUUAAAUAGUUGGGGGAAUAUUUUGUUAAAUACAUGCAUGUAUGAAUGGGUACAUGGUGAUGGUUUUCUGCACCUCUGUGUGAUUAUUUUAAAGUAAAAUGCAGUCACUAAUACUGCACUAUUAUUUAUCUCUGAGUAUUAAUGUGUAAACCGAAGACAUUUGACAAGGACAUUUUUUCUUUUAUGUUUUGCAAGAUAGACUGACAGAAAAACUUUGUCUAGAUCAGUGUUUUCCUCUUUUUGUUCAGAUGACUUUGUCAUACAUCUUUGCACUGCCCUAAGUUGUCCAUAUCUUAUACACAAAAUGUAUAUUUGUGCCAAUAAAAUAUUUCACACAAAUUGAAA